GGCGGCCGACGCCAUCUCCCUCGCCCUGCCGGUCGGCUGGCGGCGCGGCCCACCGGCUGCUGUUCCGGCCAGCGUCUCCCUCUGCCAUCCGACAUGCCCUGGCGCCUUCGGUGCCUUCUGCGGCGCCGGUUUCUGAGGCGGAGGACAAAAGGCAGGCGGUGUACCAGCGUGCCAAGGAGCGUCAG